AUGGCCUCUCAACUGCCUACGAUUCCACGGGUGACCUUUACCAUUAUCGAGCCCAUUUCAUUAGUCGCCGGCUUCGUCGGGGCCAUCUGGGACCCGGCAUGGUUCAUCGCUGAGCAGCUUCCCGACAAGCCAGUGCUUCCCGCGUCGGAGCACAGCACCGUCAUGGCGCAGCAGCUAGGUAACAUGUACCUCCUCAUGUGCUUUGUCGGACUGGCCGUGCUUGCGACAACUUCCGAGAUUAAGGUGGUCAGAAGCUAUCUCGUCGCGCUGUGGCUCGGUGACAUUGGCCAUCUUGCUUUCACAUGUUUGGCGCUGGGCAAGGAAAGGGUGAUGCAGCCACAGGCGUGGAACGCGAUGACCUGGGGCAAUAUUGGGUUUACGUUCCGCUAA